CCCCCACAUAAACACAAAAACUGCUAGAAUUUGAAAGUGAGGUUAGGUUUUCGACUGAGCAAAUCGCAGUUGCAUCAUCAAAUGCGUCCUAAAUUUAAGUGAAACAACGAAAUAAAUCAAGUGGAAAUGCUGAAAAAUAGUGCAAGGCUGUCAUUUUUGUGCCUAGCUGCACAGAGAAUCGUCCUGCGAGGAGAGACUCAGCGACAAAUGCUGAAAAUCAUUGGGCCCGCGUGGAUGGCUCAAGUGAGAGGGAAGAAGGAUGAGUCUUCGUCGAAUCUUUCGGCUCUAUUCAAGCCAGUUCCAGUCAAAUCCAAUCCUGAUGAUAUCAAUAUUGGUGCAGAGCUAACAGGAACUCUGGACAAAGCAGAAUUACUAAAGGUGCUCAAUAAAUUUAGCCAGAAAAGAGAGAUCAAGAUGCUUUGCAUGGAGAAUGGCCUCGAUAUUUACCUGCAGCAACAGGCUUUUGCCAGUUUCCGAAGGUACUGCAUGGAAGCAGAGAAUCUCCCUGCAGAUCUCCAUAUUACCGUUAGUGAUAUCCUUCAGGGAGCUGGUCAUGUUGAUGAUAUUUUUCCCUACUUCCUGCGCCAUGCCAAGCAAAUCUUCCCCCAUCUCGAUUGCAUGGAUGAUCUCAAGAAGAUCUCAGAUCUUAGAACACCAGCGAAUUGGUAUCCCAAUGCAAGAGCAAUAAAUAGAAAGAUUAUUUUUCAUUCUGGACCCACAAAUUCCGGAAAGACCUAUCAUGCCAUGGAGAGGUUCCUUACAGCCAAAUCUGGAGUUUACUGUGGUCCACUGAAGCUUCUGGCCACGGAAGUGUUUCACAAGAGCAAUGAGAGGGGAACGAGUUGUGAUUUAAUAACUGGAGAGGAGAGAAAAUUUGCCAGAGGCGAUGGAUCUCCAUCGGCACAUGUUUCCUGCACCGUAGAAAUGACUUCAGUAACAAAUCCCUAUGAAGUUGCUGUUAUCGAUGAGAUUCAGCUUCUUAGAGAUCCUCAAAGAGGUUGGGCAUGGACUCGAGCAUUUCUGGGGCUCAUAGCCGAAGAGAUUCAUGUCUGUGGGGAGGCUGGAUGUGCUGAAUUGCUGCAGAAAAUUUGUGCUACAACAGGAGAAAGUCUCGAGAUUCGUCACUACAAACGUCUGACGGAGUUGUCUGUGGAAGAUCGUGCUCUAGGAACGCUGGAAAAUGUCCUGCCGGGGGAUUGUAUUGUUUGCUUCAGCAAAAAUGACAUUUACGCAGUGUCACGAGAGAUUGAGGCACGCGGAAAGGAAGUUGCAGUGAUUUAUGGUGGAUUGCCUCCGGGAACAAAGUUGGCUCAAGCAGCCAAGUUUAAUGACAUCAAUAACAGCUGUAAAGUCAUGGUAGCUACAGAUGCCAUUGGGAUGGGAUUGAAUUUGAGUAUCCGACGGAUUAUUUUCUAUUCCUUGAUAAAGCCAACGAUGAAUGAGAAGGGUGAGAAGGAGAUGGAUACGAUAUCUGUCUCUGCAGCUCUGCAGAUUGCUGGACGUGCUGGACGAUAUGGGACACAGUGGGAAGAGGGUUUUGUCACUACAUUCAAGGCUGAGGAUUUGUCGACAUUGAAGAACCUCCUGAGAUCAAUACCAGAUCCACUGACUCAAGCUGGACUCCAUCCAACUGCUGAUCAGAUUGAAUUGUACGCCUAUCAUCUGCCCAAUUCCACCCUCAGCAAUCUCAUGGACAUCUUUGUGUCUCUAUCAACUGUCGAUGAUUCCCUGUACUUUAUGUGCAACACGGAAGAUUUCAAAUUCCUUGCUGAAAUGAUUCAGCAUGUGCCACUUCCGCUCAGAGGACGCUAUGUCUUCUGCUGUGCUCCUAUUAACAAACGUAUGCCCUUUGUAUGUUCCAUGUUCCUCAAAUUUGCCCGGCAGUACAGUCGGAAUGAACCGAUGACCUUCGACUGGCUCAUGAGUCACUGUGGCUGGCCAUUUGUCCUGCCCAGAACCAUUCUGGAUCUUGUGCAUCUUGAAGCUGUUUUCGAUGUCAUGGAUCUGUAUCUUUGGUUCAGCUAUCGCUUCAUGGACUUAUUCCCGGACGCUCGAGCUGUGAGGGAUGCUCAGAAGGAACUCGAUGAUAUCAUCCAACAGGGUGUCUUCCAAAUUACAAAAUUGCUGAAAAACAGCGAAACAGCAACGUCCAACAAUACUCCCGAUGAGGAUUCCUUCGAGAUUAACCAGAAGAGACAUCACUAUCUCAGGGCACCUCGAUCAGGGAACGCAAUAAGGGGUCGAUUGACGGAGAGAUUGCUGGCCCAAGGACUUCUGACACCGGCAAUGUUGCAGGAGUUGAAAAGGGAAUGGAAUGAGGGCCCAAGUAGAUCCACAGAUUCAGAUGAUGAUGAUCCAAAGCCAAAAUCACGUUUCCGCAAAAGGAAGAACAAGUGAAGGAUGAGAGCCGGAUUAGGAUAAUGAGAAGAAUAAAAGAAAGAAAACAGUGUCAUUAAGGUAAAAA